AUGCCGAAAUGUGACGGCGGCGAGGGCGACACGGACGGAGCAGGCGACAAAGGCGAAUCCGACGGCGGAGGCGGCGACGGCGACACGGACGGAGGCGGCGAAAGCGAGACCGAUGGCGGCGACGGCGACGGCAAGCGAGCUUGCUGCGGGGAGGGCGAGACGGAGGAAGGCAGCGGCGACGGCGACACGGACGGAGGCGGCGACGGCGACACGGACGGAGGCGGCGACGGCGACACGGACGGAGGCGGCGAAAGCGAGACCGAUGGCUGCGACGGCGACGGCAAGCGAGCUUGCUGCGGGGAGGGCGAGACGGAGGAAGGCAGCGGCGACGGCGACACGGACGGAGGCGGCGACGGCGACACGGACGGAGGCGGCGACGGCGACACGGACGGAGGCGGCGAAAGCGAGACCGAUGGCGGCGACGGCGACGGCAAGCGAGCUUGCUGCGGGGAGGGCGAGACGGAGGAAGGCAGCGGCGACGGCGACACGGACGGAGGCGGCGAAGGCGACACGGACGGAGGCGGCGAAGUCGACACGACCGACGGCGGCGGGGAGAGCGAUUCCAACGGCGGCGGCGGCGACGGCGACGAGGACAGAGGCGGCGAAAGCGAGACCGACGGCGGCGACGGCGACGGCGACAUGGAUUGA